AUGCUCCCCGUCUCCGUGCACCGCCUGGGGCAUGCAUGGGCUGGUUUGGUGGGAAAGGUUUGCGGGUCGAGUCCCACCACCCCUGUCAUGCAUGUGGGCCGCAGAGGGCCGAUCUUGAGAGGAAUGGGCAAGGAAAUGCAUGCUAAAAAGCAGAUCGUCCUGGUGCUUCUCUUUCUCUCUCCGGCUCUGCACCUCGGAUGGGUAAACUCACGGGCCCAGAACGGGGUUGUGUCCCCAGCCCGUGCCCGCCCCAGAGACGCCUCACUACCAGAUACAGAGACUCGGGGACCUGUAAUUUCUUGCUUGCAAAGGAAUGGGGACGAGAAGCGGUUCUUGCACGAGAGGACGCUCCUGGGGCCGGCGAGGCCGGUCCCAAUCCCACCAGCGGCGCCACACGAAACCGGUGUUGAGUAA